GCUCGGUAGCAAUUUACUCCGUUAUUUUUAUGUGAAAUGUAAUAAUGAGAAAUCUUUUGAUGAGAAGGUUAUGCUKAGCUUUAUUAUGCGAAAAGCAACAAGUGCGAAUGAUGUCCUUUUUUUUCACGUCAUGAAUUAACUUCGUAGCCUCGUCACGCGCCCUCAUCGUUCAAGAAACCAACAUUAGCAUCAGCGCGCAGGCUACCGCAAUGCUACAUCAUGUACUAACUAGAUUUAGUUUGUUUCACUUUUGCCUUCGACCACUUUAUACUUCUGAUGUCGGCUGUCUAGAUAUAGGCCUAUAAGUAACUUCAAUAUAUGAAAUGGCCUUAUUGUCUGAGGUCACUUAAUAAAGUCGUGCAAGGUUGUCCAUGCUGACUCGCUUGGCUGAACCAGGCCGUGAAGUAAAUGUGACAAAUAGGAAAUGACUCGUAUAGCUUGCAACAUUGUAACCACAUUCUAAUUUAAAAACCUCACUCCCUGCUCAACAUGAUUUUACCCUUCAACAGCCUCAGGACUAAAAUCAGCUGUGAGAAAAAUACAACCAGUGUGUAACAGCUCCACUGUUGUUUAUAUCUCCUUCAUCUAACCAGUAAAUCAUUCAAUAAGAAAUAAACAAACUGCCACAUGCAACAAUGUCCAUGGCCCUGAAGCAAGUCUUCAACAAGGACAGGACAUUCCGGCCGAAGCGUAAGUUUGAGCCCGGGACACAGCGCUUCGAGCUGCACAAGAAGGCCCAGGCGUCUCUGAAUGCAGGCCUGGACCUGAAGCAGGCGGUGGCACUGCCCCAUGGAGAGGACCUGAAUGACUGGGUGGCCGUGCACGUCGUGGACUUCUUCAACCGCAUCAACCUCAUCUACGGCACCAUCAGCGACUCCUGCACCGACCAGACCUGCCCAGUCAUGUCCGGAGGGCCCAAGUACGAGUACCGCUGGCAGGACGAGCACAAGUACAAGAAGCCCACAGCCGUUCCAGCCCCAAAGUACAUGAGCCUGCUGAUGGACUGGAUUGAGGUACAGAUCAACAACGAACACAUCUUCCCCACCAACGUCGGUACUCCCUUCCCCAAGACCUUCAUGCAGGUAGCUAAGAAGAUUUUGUCUCGCUUGUUCCGUGUGUUCGUCCACGUCUACAUCCACCACUUUGAUCGUGUGAGCCAGAUGGGUGCAGAGGCCCACGUCAACACCUGUUACAAGCACUUCUACUACUUUGUAACAGAGUUCAACCUCACAGACCAUAAGGAGCUCGAGCCACUGAAAGAGAUGACAUCACAGAUGUGCCACUAAGGGAGCGCCACUGACCACUUGACACAUUCCCCCUUGAAGACUAGUUCCRUCCAUGUAGAAGAAUGAAACAGGAAACGUAAACCAAAUCUAAAAGAGUCUUUAUUUUUAUAAACAAGUACUGUAAUCUAUUUUAACCAUGUAGGUCUUUUUAACCAGGAACCUUGUAAGGAAUUCUGUUCCUUUUAAUGUUUUGAGCAUUUUAUCAGAGCACAGUAUUAAGAUAUCUUUCUUUUUUAAUUUGAAGCUGAAUCAUUCCUGUCAUUUAGUUGUUCUCAUAUCUUAAAAUAAUAUAUGUAUGUUUGUACAUAUCUAAGAUUGUAGUAUGUGGUGACAUUAAACAUACUCACUCUAUGUUCCUACUCUAA